AUGAAAACAUACAUACAUACAUCCAUACAUACAUACAUACAUACAUGCAUAUGCAUAUGCAUACGAGUACACGCAUUGUUAUCUUUCUGCCUUAGGACUCGGUGGUAUCGGGCGCCAGAGCUUUUCCUCGGCUCCCGUGGAGAUUCCAGCGUUGAUCUCUGGUCCGCUGGUUGUACUAUCGCGGAGCUGAUACUCAGGAGGCCUUGGGUUCCAGGUUCGGACACGCGUGAUAUGCUGUUUCGAAUUUGCGGGGAGCUCGGUGCCCCAGAUGAGAGCGAAGGUUGGCCACUGGCUGCGCAGUUGGUGGAGGCCUCGGGGCGCAAAAACGCAGAGCCUGCGGCCUGGCAGAGCCUGCGGGAGGCUGGCGCUUCGCAGGCAGCUGUGGACAUGCUCGAGAGCAUCCUCCGUUAUGAUGGACAGCGGCGCCUGCGAUGCGACAGGGCUCUUCGGGAAAUGUCAUUCUUCACUUCAGAAGAGCCUGAGGUGCCGGUGCCUGUGCCGGUCUCCCGACCGCUGAGCCCUGCGACUUUGCAGCGUUCCCGGGAAGAGGCGCGAAAGGCCAUGGAAGCUUUCGUCGCUCUCGUCAGUGUUGCGGUGACGAGCACUGCAGUUUAUGCCGACCUGAAGUAUGUGAAUUUUGGCUUCAUGUCGGCAAGCCCAUUGGGAAGGUUCUCAUGUCUCACGACACAGUCAAAUGUGCUGCUUUUGAGUUGGAGUCUCCUGCGCCUCGUUGAGCUCGCCUUCCGCGAUGGGAGUGGGAACUGGAUAUUAACAUGGAUCUGCUACUCUGGGGAGCCAUUUUUUGGUGGCCUUGGCAUCUUCGUUUCCGCAGCGUAUGCUGUCACGAUGCAUAACGAUAAGGUGAGUCUUCACUUCAUCCGCAAAGCUCUGCGAGAUGGAAGACUUCGGCUGCGUCUUUCAUCGAGAAUCCCGGCCGAGGAAGAGUGGUGGCAAGACCAAGUGAUUGCACACACCCCGCAGUUGAUGACCUCGCUAGUCACUGCGGCGACUCGUGAUGCUGAAUUGCUCGAGCGCCAUCUGCCGAGGUCUCCUUGGCCCGUGCUGCUGCAGGGGCUACUCUUUGGAAUGUGGUACUUGGCUUGCCUCUUGUCGGUCUGGCAAGCUUCGAAGCUCUGGCCGUAUCCCUUCAUGUUUUCGUUCCGACACUGGAGCCACCAUGUUGGCUUUUACUUCGCUGCCUUCGGCACCAGCUCACUUCUUGCAGCUUUGCAUUGGCGAUUGCUCUGGUGGCGUACGCAGUGA